CCUCGCGCGCCGCGCCUGCGCCUGGGCGGCAGCGGCGGCGGUGAGCGCAGCGCGCGCCGCAGCCGCCAUUUCGGGCGCCGUGAGGGCGCUGCGCGGGGCGGGGCGUGCGCUCAGCCCGAUUCCUCAUUUGGACAGUACUUGAACCAGGCUCUUUAUCUCGGGAAAGAUGGCAGAUCCCUGGCAAGAAUGUAUGGAUUAUGCAGUUGGUUUAGCAAGGAAAGCUGGGGAGAUAAUCCGUGGAGCACUCAAAGAAGAGAUAUCUGUUAUGACUAAAAGUUCACCUGUAGAUCUAGUGACAGAAACUGAUCAAAAAGUAGAAAACUUCCUUAUUUCUUUGAUAAAAGAGAAGUACCCUUCUCACAGCUUUAUCGGAGAAGAGUCUGUUGCAGCUGGAGAGGGCAGCAUUCUGACAGAUAACCCCACAUGGAUUAUCGACCCUAUUGAUGGAACUACCAACUUUGUACACAGGUUUCCAUUUGUGGCAGUUUCAAUUGGCUUUGUUGUAAACAAAAAGAUAGAGUUUGGAAUUGUGUAUAGUUGUGUAGAAGACAAGAUGUAUACUGCCAGAAAAGGAAAAGGUGCAUUUUGCAAUGGUCAGAAACUUCAAGUGUCGGGCCAAGAAGACAUCACAAAAUCCCUUUUGGUAACAGAAUUGGGGUCAAACCGUGAUCCAGAGGCUAUAAAGAUAAUUCUUUCUAAUAUGGAAAGACUUCUCAGUAUUCCUAUUCAUGGGAUCAGAGCUGUUGGCACAGCAGCUGUGAACAUGUGCCUUGUGGCAACGGGGGGAGCUGAUGCCUAUUACGAAAUGGGGAUUCACUGCUGGGAUAUGGCAGGAGCUGGAAUCAUUAUUACUGAAGCUGGUGGAGUACUGCUGGAUGUAACAGGUGGACCAUUUGAUUUGAUGUCUCGAAGAAUAAUUGCAGCAAGCAGUCGAGCUAUCGCAGAGAGAAUAGCCAAAGCACUCCAAGUAAUUCCUCUGAGAAGGGAUGAUGCCACCAACUGAACACCAAAGCUGCACCUGAAAUGUCCUUAUCUAAUGUUGUCUCAUGUUCCCACGUGGUGGCUGUUCUGCACCUCGAAUAGGUGGUAGUCUUUCAGUACUGGUGUGGCUGCUAAGUAGAGCUUUGAGAUUGAACAACAUUCUAAGUAACCUUUAACUGUUGAGUAUUUUAUUUAACAUCACAAUUAGAUAGAAAUCUAGAAAAAUAAGCAAAUAUAUGCAACUAGUGUUUUCAAGUUUUAUACUACACUGGAACAGAUAGCGAGUGACUCUUUGAUGUAUAGAUAAACCAAGAUCUCUAGUUCUGCGAGUAACAAAAUAAAAGCUACUUUCCUAACAUCACAUCAUCACAUCUGAUCCUGAACCCAGAAAGAUGACAGCAUUACUGUUUAUCCAGUCUUUUCUAUCUAGUCUCCAGUGUAUCCAUUUUCUUACCUCAUUGCAGUUUUUGUAGAAGUGGUUCACACAUUUCCAAACUUGUUGGCUGCUUGUAAUUUUGGCUUUUGUAAUUUAAAGCCUUUAUUAUUUAUCUAUCAUUGGUUUUGUAGUCAUCAUUUUACCUUUCCAGUGGCAGAUGGACACAGUCUCUUCUUUAGCCUUGUAUGUGGCCAGUACACUUGCAAGUCCAUUACAGUUUCAAAAGUAAUAGUUAUUGUGCCAGAAAAUACGUGCAUCUUCCAGAAUUAAGUUCUGAGCACACCUAUCACCAAAUGUACUUACUUGAAAUUAAGAUGCAGUAUGAUUUGCAUUUUGUUCAUUUUGAUUUGGUUUUGUCAUGGAUGAGUGUGUUUUAAAGUCUAAGGAAUCAUUAAAUCCAAGAGAGUUUUCAGUACUUCAGCUGGCAAAAGAAUAGCCCAUAGUCCAUUUUUUAAACAUAAUUUUCUAAUUAUUCAUAAGCAACAAAAACAAUGACCAACCACAACCAGGUUUCCACUGUGUUUUACAGAAUGUGCACAGGGGGAGAUACAUACCUGAACCUAAGGAGUUUAUAAAUUAAGAAAUAUUAGUGGUUUAAUUCUAGGUGUCAGUUGUUGUAAGUUUUGAAAAUUAUACUGGUUCUCUGCACUUUUAUAUUCAAGAUUGUUAAAAGCAUCAGUGCACUGUUCAGAUAAUUAAUGCACUUUAAAAAAAAAAAGAUCGGUUUUUAGACUUUUUGUGUUGGAAAGAAAGUUGUCUCAUUGGUUGUUUAAUUAAGACUCAGCAGAGCUUUGGAAAACCUGAGUUUUUAUACUGCUAUCCCACUGUUUUUACUUUGGAAAAUGGUAUAUUGAAGUUUCAACAGCUUGCAUAUUAUAAAUGUCAGGUUUUUAUAUCAGUUGAUUUUUGCAGGUUUUUCAGAAACACUUAAUUUUAGGAUGUAUCUAGUGCCAGAUGAUUCAUGUUAACAAGGUCAGCCUCCUAUUUAAAGGUCUUCCCAAAAAGCUAGACUUACAAUUACUUUACUUUCCAAAUUCCUGCUGACAAGAAUGUAAACCUUUUGAGCAUUUCACUGUAAAUUUAUUGCUGAAACAAUGUGCGUGGGGUCCUGGUUAUUUUUGAGAUGUCCUCUGUACCAUUUAUGUAGCUUUUGAAUAACAAAAUCUGCAUAACUUUAUUUGUGAAAUGGAGGUAUGUCUAAAAAGUGCUUAAGGUGAGAGAACGUGUUAGAAAUAAAAACACUUCAGCAGCA